AUGGGUCAGCCAAGUCGCCUCACAGCCGAUGUCAUCGCUAUGGUGAUCUGGAAGUUCCGGUGGUCCUGCCAGACGGGUGGCUUGACCUCCCGCUGCCUGUACCACCCUGUACCACCCUGUAUCACCCUGUACCACCCUGUAUCACCCUGUAUCACCCUGUACCACCCUGUACCACCCUGUAUCACCCUGUACCACACUGUAUCACCCUGUACCACCCUGUAUCACCCUGUACCACCCUGUACCACCCUGUAUCACCCUGUACCAGCCUGUACCACCCUGUAUCACCCUGUACCACCCUGUAUCACCCUGUAUCACCCUGUAUCAUCCUGUACCACCCCGUACCACCCCGUAUCACCCUGUAUCACCCUGUACCAGCCUGUACCACCCUGUAUCACCCUGUACCACACUGUAUCACCCUGUACCACCCUGUAUCACCCUGUACCACCCUGUAUCACCCUGUACCAGCCUGUACCACCCUGUACCACCCUGUACCAGCCUGUAUCACCCUGUACCAGCCUGUACCACCCUGUACCACCCUGUAUCACCCUGUACCACCCUGUAUCACCCUGUACCACCCUGUAUCACCCUGUACCACCCUGUACCAGCCUGUACCACCCUGUACCACCCUGUAUCACCCUGUAUCACCCUGUACCACCCUGUACCACCCUGUAUCACACUGUACCAGCCUGUACCACCCUGUAUCACCCUGUACCACCCUGUACCACCCUGUAUCACCCUGUACCACCCUGUACCAGCCUGUACCACCCUGUAUUACCCUGUACCAGCCUGUACCACCCUGUAUCACCCUGUACCACCCUGUACCACCCUGUACCAGCCUGUACCACCCUGUACAAGCCUGCCUUCGAUGUCUUCAUCUAUGUCUUUUUUGCGGUGGAAAUGGUGGUGAAGAUGAUGGCCCUCGGAAUCUUUGGCCGUCGCUGUUACCUGGGCGACACGUGGAACCGUCUGGAUUUCUUCAUCGUCAUGGCAGGGAUGGUAGAGUACUCUUUGGACCUCCAGAACAUCAACCUCUCAGCCAUCAGGACAGUCAGGGUCCUCAGACCCCUCAAAGCCAUCAACAGAGUUCCAAGGAACGUCCUGCUACUCUGUUUCUUCGUCUUCUUCAUCUUCGGCGUCAUCGGAGUGCAGCUGUGGGCGGGACUACUGAGGAACCGCUGCUACCCCAAGGAAAACUUCACCCUUUCUAAGGACAUCUCCCUGCCUCGCCCAUACUACAUGGCAGACGAGGAUGAUGAGCGACCCUUCAUCUGCUCUCUUGCCCAGGACAACGGCAUCAUGGCGUGCACCGACGUCCCGGCCCGCCGAGAACUAGGACGCACCUGCUGCCUGGACAAAGACGAUGUGACACACAGACAGGGUUUGGGGCUGAGUCCUGAACCCCUGGUUAACGGGUCAGUGAGCGGGCCAGGACUGUGCAUCAACUGGAACCAGUAUUACACACGCUGUCACACGGGCCACAGCAACCCACAUAAAGGAGCCAUCAACUUUGACAAUAUCGCCUACGCUUGGAUCGUCAUCUUUCAGGUGAUCACUCUGGAAGGCUGGGUAGAGAUCAUGUACUAUGUCAUGGAUGCUCACUCCUUCUACAACUUCAUCUACUUUAUACUGCUCAUCAUCAUUGGUUCUUUCUUCAUGAUCAACCUCUGCCUGGUGGUGAUCGCCACCCAGUUCAGUGAGACGAAGCAGAGGGAGCACCAGCUGAUGCAGGAGCAGAGAGCCCAGGCCCACUCUUCCUCUACUCUAGCCAGCAUGACUGAGCCCUCAGCAGGCUGCUAUGAGUCCGUCUUCCAGCUGGUCUGCCACGUCCUCCGCAAGGCCCGCAGGAGGUCCAUGGCGCUCUCGGUCCACUGUCCCCACCACACCAAGCCCGACCACGCCUCCCCAGGAGACUCCAUCACACUCACUGUCUCCCCCGCCACCGACGGCUGCCCUCAUUGCACCGUCGCCCUGUCAAUCAGCGACGGGGCGGGACCUGCCGACAGCCUGGCCAAUUUGGAGGUGGAGGAAGGAGCUUUGGAGGAGACGGAUGGGGAGGGCAGCAAAUGCGACGCCGGGAAGGAGGAAGUGAAAGACGGGGCUCCCGCUAAGGUUUCUGGGGGAUGUAGGCGGGGGUGUGGGGAGCUGUGGGAGGAGACGAGGUUGAAGUUAUUGGGGAUCGUGGAGAGCAAGUACUUCAAUAGAGGAAUUAUGAUCGCUAUCCUCAUCAAUACCAUCAGUAUGGGCAUCGAACACCACAACCAGCCUGAGGAGCUAACCAACGUGUUGGAGAUCUGUAACAUAGUGUUCACUAGUAUGUUUGCCAUGGAGAUGAUUCUGAAGAUAACAGCGUCCGGAUGUUUCAACUAUCUGAGAAACCCCUACAAUGUGUUCGACGGUGUCAUCGUCAUUAUCAGUGUGUGUGAGAUCAUCGGCCAGUCUGACGGAGGUCUGUCCAUAUUGAGGACCUUCAGACUCCUUCGUGUCCUGAAGCUAGUCAGGUUCAUGCCCGCGCUGCGCAGACAGCUAGUGGUCCUGAUGAAGACUAUGGAUAAUGUGGCUACCUUCUGUAUGCUGUUGAUGCUGUUUAUCUUUAUAUUCAGUAUCUUGGGGAUGCAUAUCUUUGGCUGUAAGUUCAGCCUGAAGACAGAGGCAGGAGACACUGUUCCAGACAGGAAGAACUUUGACUCUCUACUCUGGGCCAUCGUCACUGUGUUUCAGAUCCUAACUCAGGAAGACUGGAACACGGUGCUGUAUAAUGGAAUGGCUGCCACCUCUCCUCUAGCUGCUCUGUACUUCGUAGCUCUCAUGACGUUUGGGAACUACGUUCUCUUCAACCUGCUGGUGGCCAUCUUGGUAGAGGGAUUUCAGGCUGAGGGAGAUGCUAAUCGCUCCUAUUCAGAGGAUGACAGUUCUAACUUUGACGAGAGUGAGAAGCUUAAUGAUUCUCUCAAACUGUCUGAUCCUAAAAUCUGCACCUUGACCCCUAACGGGCACCUGGAGUUGACCACAUUGACCCCGGUGAUGGCCCCCAGGGGGUCGUACCCCACUGACAGGUUGACCUAUGCCCUGGGGUCACGGAAGAGCAGCGUUAUGAGUCUGGGCAAGGCCAACCUGGAGCAGAGGAGAUCAUUCUCUCUGCACCACGGCCGCAGUUCCCUGCACCACCAUUGGGGUCGCCCUCCCCCUUCUCAGAGUGCCUGGAACCGCAGGUCCAGCUGGAACAGCCUGGGUUGUCCCUCCCGCGGGUUAGGGGGGAUGGGAGCGGGUGUGGUGGGAGGAAGCCUCCGUGUCCGAAGCCCCCACUCCCUUUACCACUCGGCCGAGCAAGAGUUCCUCCUCUCCCCCGCUCUCCACCUCCCCCCUCACCACGCUCCCCCUCUCCCCCUCCUCUCCCGACGCAAUGCCAUCCGGCACCGGGACCGCCGCGCUCUCUCCCUGGAGCUCCCAAAUAUGCUCCAGGUCCCCGGGGGACCUCCGCCUCGCACCAACCCCAGGAUGAGGAGUGUUUCUGGGGGAGGGAGCAGCGGCAGUGGGGGUAUGGUAGUGGAGCACCAUGAUUGUAAUGGGAAGGCUCCUAGUCCUAUUGGUCUUACGGGUCCCCAGACUGCCCAACUCCUAGCAGAGGUCUUCCCUCAGCUGAACCUCGCCAAGGACAGAUCGGACCUGGACGAGGAGAUAGACUAUAGUAUGUGUUUCCGUAUCCAGAAGAUGAUGGAGGUGUACAGGCCUAACUGGUGUGAGAAAAGAGAGGACUGGUCUGUCUACCUCUUCUCACCACAGAACAAGUUCAGACUGCUAUGUCAGUCCAUUAUAGCCCACAAGCUAUUUGACUACGUAGUUUUAUCCUUCAUCUUUCUCAACUGUAUCACUGUAGCUCUGGAGAGACCCAAGAUACUGCAGAGCAGCUUGGAAAGACUAUUCCUCACCGUCUCCAACUAUGUCUUCACAGCCAUAUUUGUAGCUGAGAUGACCGUCAAGGUGGUCUCUAAGGGUCUGUACCUGGGUGAGAAGGCCUAUCUGAAAAGCAGCUGGAACGUUCUGGAUGGUUUCCUGGUCUUCGUGUCGUUGAUUGACAUUGUUGUGUCCAUGGCAGGCGGGGCUAAGAUCCUGGGGGUGCUGAGAGUGCUCAGGCUGCUCAGGACACUACGCCCUCUCAGGGUGAUCAGUAGAGCUCCAGGGCUGAAGCUAGUGGUAGAGACUCUCAUCACAUCUCUGAAGCCUAUAGGAAACAUCGUCCUCAUCUGCUGUGCUUUUUUUAUCAUCUUCGGCAUCCUCGGUGUGCAGCUGUUCAAGGGGAAGUUUUACUACUGCCUGGGUCUCGAGGUGAAGAACAUCACCAACAAGUCUGACUGUCUCCAGGCUAACUACAGAUGGGUUCACCACAAAUACAACUUUGAUAACCUGGGACAGGCUCUGAUGUCUCUGUUUGUGCUGGCAUCUAAAGACGGCUGGGUCAACAUCAUGUACCAUGGUCUGGAUGCUGUGGGCAUAGACCAACAGCCGUCUAUUAACAACAAUCCGUGGAUGCUCCUGUACUUCAUCUCCUUCCUCCUCAUCGUCAGUUUCUUCGUUCUCAACAUGUUUGUGGGUGUGGUGGUGGAGAACUUCCACAAGUGCAGACAGAACCAGGAAGUGGAGGAGGCCAAAAGGAGGGAGGAGAAACGACAGAGACGCAUGGAGAAGAAGAGGAGGAAGGCCCAGAAGCUACCCUACUAUACCAACUAUAGCCAUGGUCGUCUGAUGAUCCACACUCUGUGUACCAGCCACUACCUGGACCUCUUCAUCACCUUCAUCAUCUGUAUCAAUGUCAUUACUAUGUCCCUGGAGCACUACAGCCAACCACAGUCAUUGGAGACUAGUCUGAAGUAUUGUAACUAUUUCUUCACCACAACCUUCGUGGUGGAAUCUGUCCUCAAGCUCAUCGGCUUCGGGUUCCGACGCUUCUUCAAGGACAGGUGGAACCAGCUGGACCUGUCCAUAGUGUUGUUGUCAGUGAUGGGCAUCGUUCUGGAGGAGAUUGACUACAAUGCUUCUCUACCCAUCAACCCUACCAUCAUCAGAAUCAUGAGGGUGCUGCGGAUAGCACGAGUUCUCAAGCUAUUGAAGAUGGCUACAGGAAUGAGAGCUCUUCUAGACACAGUGGUUCAGGCUCUACCUCAGGUGGGGAACCUGGGCCUGCUGUUUAUGUUGCUGUUCUUCAUCUACGCUGCUCUGGGGGUGGAACUGUUUGGAGAGCUGGUGUGUAAUGCUGACUACCCGUGUGAGGGCAUGAGUCGGCACGCCACCUUCGAGAACUUCGGCAUGGCCUUUCUCACCCUCUUCCAGGUCUCCACCGGAGACAACUGGAACGGCAUCAUGAAGGACACCCUGCGUGAGUGCCCUCCAGGUCCAAGUGACUACCCGUGCCACGCUGGACUCCAGUUCAUCUCUCCCAUGUACUUUGUCUCCUUCGUCCUCACCGCCCAGUUUGUCCUCAUCAACGUGGUGGUGGCCGUGCUCAUGAAGCACCUGGACGACUCAAACAAAGAGGCCCAGGAGGAUGCUGAGAUGGAUGCAGAGAUUGAGCUGGAGCUUGCCCAGGGACAACUCCAACUACCCACCUGCUGCAUGGGGGGGCUGGGCACUGGGCUGGUUGUGGCUGGGGCCUCUGGAGCGCCUGGAUAUAUGUUGAUUGAUGUGGAGGUGGAGGGUUGGAAGGCGGGACCAGGCCGGGUCAGGGGGUAG